AUGUCGACGGGUAUAUUGUUCGAUGAUAUGUUCUUAGUGAAGGACGUGGACCCGGAUGGUAAGAAGUUCGACCGUGUUUCGAGUUAUCCUAUGCAAUUGAAUGAUAAAUUUCGAUUACUUUUAACAACAACACUUCGAGAUGAUGGGUUACCUGAUGAACGCGAAUAUGAUAGUCAAGCACACUAUCCACGUUUGGACCCUUUUGAAUACGCAAUGUUUGGAAAGGUUUAUCGAAUUGAGGGUGAUGAUUCAAGUAGUGAAUCAAAUACUCUCGCAGCUUAUGCUUCUUUUGGUGGCUUGCUUAUGAGGCUAAAAGGUGAUGCAAAUAAUUUGCAUGGAUUUGAUCUUGAUUCAAAUAUUUAUUUAUUAAUGAAAAAAGUUGUAUUUUAA